AUGAUCCCCCUCCUGUACUUUCUUCUGCCCACCCUGGGCAGUUACGUCAUGCUCUCCAUCUUCUUCCUGCGACGACCUCAUCUGCUGCACACCCCCUGGGCUCCCGUCUUCCCUAUCCGCCUGGCUGCCCACCGGGCAGGGUCUGGGGAGCGACUGGAGAACACCAUGGAAGCUGUAGAGAAUUCCAUAGCCCAGCGAGCAGAUCUCUUGGAAUUUGACUGCCAGCUCACCCGGGAUGGCGUGGUUGUAGUGUCACACGACAAGAACCUGUCCCGCCAGUCAGGCCUAAAUAAGGAUGUGAACACCCUGGACUUUGAGGAACUGCCCCUCUACAAGGAAGAGUUGGAAAUCUACUUCUCACCAGGCCAUUUUGCCCACGGGUCAGACCGGCACAUGAUUAGUUUGGAGGAUGUAUUUCAGAAAUUUCCAAGGACUCCCAUGUGCUUGGAGGUCAAAGAAAGAAAUGAAGAACUCAUCCACAAGGUCGCCAACUUGACAAGGCGCUUUGACCGAAAUGAGAUUACUAUUUGGGCUACAGAGAAGAGCUCAGUCAUGAAGAGAUGCAGGGCAGCUAACCCCGAGAUGCCCACGGCCCUUACGAUAUGGCGAUCAUUCUGGAUACUGCUGCUCUACUACGUGGGGCUGCUCCCUUUUGUCUCCAUCCCCGAGAAGUUUUUCUUCUGUUUCCUGCCCACCAUCAUCAACAGGACUUACUUCCCGUUUCCCUGUGGAUGGAUGAACCAACUGUCAGCUACCAUUACAAAAUGGAUCAUCAUGAGGAAAAGUCUGAUCCGACACUUGCAGGACCGAGGGAUACAGGUCCUGUUCUGGUGCCUUAAUGAAGAAUCCGAUUUUGAAGUGGCCUUCAGCUUGGGAGCCAAUGGCGUCAUGACUGAUUACCCCACAGCCCUGAGACACUACCUGGACAAGCAGGAACGAAGAGACCUAGCCUCCUCAGUCUGA